UUUAGACCUUUACUAGCGGACCGAUGAUGUUAAGUCCACAUUGUGAAUGCUUUACUCUCUUCUGAAAUACACCACCAUAAGCUAUAUUAAUUUAUUGUAUUUCCUUAACAGUGCUGAAAAGUUGUAAAGUCAGUGACUACGAUAAGUUAAACAAUAAGAUAAGUUACUCAAAUAACAAAACUUAAUACCAAACAAAAUAAUGUUCAAACCUUCCGCGUAAUUUUGGCCAAACGAUAUUAAUCCUCAUCUAACAUACUUACUUAAAAAAAAAAACUAGCUUAAAGCUAGUUCCUUGAAUCUAAUACAAUUGAUCUAAUAAACUCCUUCACCAUUAGCGAAUCGCUAAGAGACAAAAUGAGUGGCCUAGGCCCAGCAGCGUGCUGGCUAGCCCACAAACGAAUAGAAUCCUGGUCACGCAUGGCCAAGGAACGAGUUGGUGCCGUUCGACGAAUACCAGUCGAACAUAAUUCGGAAGACAAUCCAUCGACCCCGCCUCCCAUGACACCAUCGUCAGUGUCAUCGACUACAAGUGGUAUUGGUGGGAGUGUUAGUGGGGGAAGCUAUGAUCUGUCGAAUGAUUCUUCAGGAGAGGAAUGUAAUUUAACAAGAGAAGCACAAGCAAUCCAGCCAUUGGCAUCGGUUCCAGCCCAUACAGUUAACACUGAGAUGCUUCGAGGUCCCUUAGAGAUGAGUCCAAGUCCAUUGCAUAUGCACUUGCAGCAUCAAAGUAAAUCAUUCCCACCGCGACUGCAGCGUACCCCAUCGGUGUCGAGUCAAAGUAGUAUAGAUAGUGCUCCAUCAAGACAAUCGGGACAUCGUGGUUCAUCACCACAAAUCCGAACGUUUGGACCAGAUGGACGUAGCUCAUUGCCAUCCGAUCAUGGACUGCCCCACAUUUCCCGCUCGCCAAGUCCAAUGCGCACAAUCAGUUUAGACGCCCGUUGCUGUUCACCAGCUGCCCCACACGAUUUAUGUGACAUACGAACAUCUUCUCCAUCGCAGAGCAGUUUGGCAUCGAUUGCUGGCAGUGCGGGCAGUAUUUGUCUGCAAAGUCCAAAGGUAGGUCGUUGUCUAUCGCCACUUUUGAUACCACCUCGAUCCCAGCCAGGAGGAGUUGAACAAGGAUGUGGCCCAGCUUCACCAUUGGGCGCUCUCCAACCGGACUUGUAUACACGUCAAGAUGGCCCUAUGUACUUGACGGCACCAGAAUCAAGUCCAGCUUUGGGACGAUUGCAUUUGAGGGUGAAGUAUGACUAUCAUUUGUUCGACUUGACUGUGCAUUUAAUUGAAGCUCAUAACCUCUGCCCAAUCGAAGAGGGAGGAUUCCGUGAUCCUUACGUAAGGCUGAUGCUGAUUCCCGGAGUGGAUGAACGCAAACGGCAAACCCAUAUUCACCGUGGCGAGUCGAACCCAUAUUUCGAUCAACACUUCAAAUUUCCUGUCUCGAGGGACCAGCUCCAGGGGAAGGAGCUGAUUUUGCAGGUCUUGGACUACGAUCGGUACUCGCACAAUGAUAUCAUCGGUGAAGUGAGGGUUUUGAUUGACGACCUUGAUCUUUCAAAGUCUGUUGAGAUUUGGGGUGACCUUCUCAGAAUCAAAAAACCACCAGAGGACCGACCAGAAUUGCUACUCUCUCUAAACUAUUUGCCCCAAGCCGAACGACUUACCGUUGUCAUCAUGAAGGCGAAGAAUCUUGAUAGCAUGCAAGAGCCCUAUGUCAAGUUGUAUCUGAUUCAAAAUGGCAAACGUGUUAAAAAGAAGAAAACCAGCAAUGGCAAGUCUGAUGAUCCUUCCAAUCCCAUCUGGAAUGAGGCGUUUACAUUUAAUUUGCCAUCAUCUGGAAUGCAAAGUGCAGCUCUUGAGAUAUAUGUCGUAACAACUGGUGGUGAGGCAAAUGCAAUAGGAAGCUGUGGCAUUGGUCCACAAGAAAAUGGACCUGGACGUCAGCAUUGGCAUGACAUGAUACACAAUGCCCGGAAACCCACCGCAAUGUGGCAUUAUCUAAGAUAAGGAUGUGUAUUUUAUGGUACCUUUAACUACACAACAUACAUAUUACAUUAAACAAUAUACAAAAUAAAACUAUACAAAACAUACAUACUGAAAAAAUAUAUAAUUUUAUAUUUAUGAAACUGAUAAGUUUUGAAAACAAGAAGAAGAAGUAGAAUCUAAAUGCAAACAGAACUUUAGAAAUAUAAUCCCACUUCUGAACUUUUGUAAGAAAUUUUAAAUAUUUUCGAAUGCUGCGUAAUUUAUUUUUUUUUUGUGUUUAAGGUUUUUUGAAUUUAAGUUAAGAACAAUCAUAAUUUAUUUUGGUUAAGUCAAAACUUUUUGUUUUAUAUUUGUCAAUUUUCUUAAAUUUUAGUUUGGUUUUUAAAGUUAAAGGUUAUAAAAGAAAUAGCAUAUAACAAUUAACGUGGAAACGAUUAAGUGAAAGACCUUAUCGCAAAGUUAAAAUUAUUUAAAUUCCACUCAGUGUAGCAAGCCAGGUUUUUGAGGUAUACCUUCUUAAAAUUCGAAGAUUUUAGCAAAAUUAGUAAUGUUUGAUUGUAUAACAAAUCCCUCCUCUUAACAAGGCCGUCACAUCAAUUUUUUAAGGUAUAUUGACAUAAUAUAAAAGGAUUUUUUUUGCAAUUUGAGAUAUUUUUCAGAACCGUGAAACUUUAAAUAAAGACUGAAUAGUGCAAUGACUAGGAAAGACAUAGUGUGGUAAUGUAUUGUACAUUUGCAAAGUACGGCUAAAGAACGAAUCUCUGACAAUACGACCGACUUUGGUCUCGAGGGUAUAUUGAUGAGCAUUCCUAGAAGCGCGAGUAUUAAGGUUGUACUGUUUAAGGGGAGCAAUGCAACUGGCUAUUUCUCUAGAGCAUAAACCAUUGAAAUAACGGUAAAAGAGGGUGAGGCAAGAAACAUUUCCACGAUUUUCAAGCAACUUAAUGCUCUACGUUCAAUACUGUCCAAGAUGCUUAAGUAAGUUGCAGGAGCACCAGACUAGAUAUGGAAGUUAUACUCAAGCUUUCGACGUACAUAAGUCUUACAAAUAACAGCCAGAUCGGAGGGAGAGACAAACUUCUUACAUCGCCUUAGAAAACGCAAACAUCUUGCUUCAUUUUUGGCGGCAUCGCGCAUGUGAUCGUUCCGCAAAAGAUGGUUGGUGAUAUACAUACCGAGAAUAUCGAGAUGUUCCGUCUCCUCGAUGCAAGUGCCAUUUAUGGAUAAUGGCAAGGGAGUUUAUCUCGCUUUAACGAUACAAGACAGCAUUGGGUUUUCUAAGCAUGAAAUUCCACGUGGUUUCUUAUUCCCCAUUGUACAAUGCUGUUUAGGUCGGAAUUUAAUGAGCUUAUCAUAUUUUAUCGUUGCAUUUCCACAUCCGAAGAAGAGUGAUGUAAAUCUGAAAACGAACAUGAAAAGCUAAGAGUACCAUCAUCAGCGAAACAUUGUAUUGGAUUAGUAGUUGCAGACAGGAGAUCGUUAGUAAAAAUAUGAAAGAGUGUUGGAGAUAGAACAGAGCCCUGGGGCACAUCAUCAUUUAUUUUGUAGUUUUUAGACUUGAAUCCAUCCAAUACAACUUGUUUUGAACGAUUAGAAAGGUAAUUACUAAUCCAAUGAACUAGAAAUUCAUGAAAACCGAACAAUUUCGAUAAGAGAGCCUGAUUCCAAACCCUAUCAAAUGCUUUUCAAAUAUCGAGUGCAAUAAUCUUACUUUCUCCAAAACGAUGUAAAGAUUUGUUCCACUGUCCGGUGAGAUGAACCAUGAGAUCACCAUUGGACCUAUUUCUACGAAAGCCGUAUUGUCGGUCGUUACGAAGCUUUCGAUCUUCGAAAUAUUUCUUGAGCUGAUAAUUAAUCAGUGUUUCCAUGACCUUGGAAAGAAGGGACUUAAGUGCAAUCGGUCGGUAAUUAGACUUUGAGGAAGAUUCACCUUUUUGGGAAUAGGCUGGACAAAUGAGGUUUUCCAUCCGCUCGGAACGAGACCUUGGGAGUAAGACAGAUGAAAAAGCUUACGCAGUAGUUUGCCAGCGUUGGAGAACACCUUAGAACAAUAACGGGGAUACCAUACAGACCAGCGUAUUUAUGUAUCGCCUGGAAAGACUACUGCGCCAAUAUUCGAAGAAGUAAAUGUAUGGAAGAAAAAUGGAAGAAAACCCUGUAAUGUCUUAAAUGCAAUAAUUAUAUUUGGUCCUUCACGUGUGAAAAAUUAUUCCUCGAUCCCUGGGCUAGUUGUGAAUGACACUACUUAACUUAGUUCUAUUAAAAAAUCGAACUUUUUUGCAAGUUAUAUUUUGCCGUAAAUUACACAAUGGCCUCCCCAUUUUCUGAACUGCUUUUAUUAUUCUAUGGAAUCAAUCUUUUUUCAAACAUGUACUGCUUCAGGAGCUCUACAAGAUCUCAACAUACAUAACGUAAAUCCGCUGGUACGGAUGGUGACCUCGCUUUUAUUAUGAAGAGGUGCUCUUCCCGCUCUAGUAAUGCUCUGCCGAAAUUUUUCUAUUUAUCCUAUUUUUCUUGAGCGCUGGUUCUAAAUAAUUGAAAAACAGAACCUGUUCAUCCAAUCCUGAAAAAUAAUACAAUUUUCUUUAUACUUACACUUAUCGACCGAUUGCACUAAAGUUAAUCUUUUCCAAGGACAUAGAACCUCCGAUUAAUUUUGAGAUUAAAAAAUUAAUAUCCAGCAGUACAGCUUUCGUAGCAUCAGGUUAACUUGUGAUCUCAUGGCUCAUCAAAUCGAAAAGCGUUAAAAAUUUGUAGAUGGUUUUAUAGAAAGUGAGAUUAUUGCACUUGAUACUUCAAAAUCAUUUGAUAGAGUUUGACAUCAAGCUCUUUUAUCGACUAUUCAAUUCGAGUAGUGUUGGACAGGUUCAAAUAUGAUAUUCAUAAAAACAAACGCUGGUGUUCCGCAGGGCUCCAUUUCGUAUCCGACACUCUUUCUCAUUUGUAUAACUCUUAAUUGCAAUUUCGUAUCUUAUUAAUUGUUUCACUGACAAUAGCACUCGGUUCAAGAAACACAUCCCCCAUCUUGGGAUGCGGAACUACAACGACAAAAUAUGAUAGGAUCAUUUAAUUACGGCUUACGCUGGGAAAUAUGAAACUGCGCGGAAUAUUAAGCUUCAAAAUCUCAAUGCUGUAUCAUAUCGUUAAAAAGAGAUAUACUCUCCUUGCCACUAUCUAUGAACGGCACAUAUCGGUAUGUGAUUCAGCAAUCACUACUUGUGGAACGACCGCAUAUGCGAUAAAUAAUAUAAGUUACCUAAAGCAAUUCAAGAAAUCUGACUCUUCUUCUGAAAUGGCUUUGCGUCACUCAAACUUCGUCGUAAGGUUUAUUGCAUUAUUCACUUUAAAAGUUGUUUUGACGGACUAUUAUUAUUUUAUUAGGUAGUGCAACAGUCCGUUGAGGACAAGGGCCUAAUGAAGCGACCUACGACUUUUAACUAUUCCUUCCUUUGAGUACUGGUGUCAGAAAUAGAAAUGGAGGGGACCUACAAGAAAUAACUUUUCUUGACAAGAAUUACUCUUGGAGGAUUUGUCAAUUCCUCGUAGGAGAGAGUACCCCUAAAAAAACU